CUUGUCCUCACUUCCUCCCCUUUCCCACCCUCUGUCAAGAAGACGACAUAAACAACGAUCCGGAAAGAGAGAACAUCUCCAUGUUUGUUGUUUACAAUUAGAUUAAGAAAUGAAUAGUUAUCCAUUGCUUAUUUCUAAGCAACGUUCUACCCCUUAAGUUGUGCGUCGGACGUCCCGGCUUCGUUUUCUCGUUUAGGUUAUAACUGCAUGCUGAGCUAGGCUCUUUCUCGUCAGGCAAAUGAGUUUUGUUUAUUGAAGGAAGCCUUUCUCUUGCAAUGAUGACUCAUAAAACUAGUGGUAGUAGUGGUAAAAAGAAAGUUCAGGUGUCUUAUGUGAUAAGAGAGGAAACUGAGCCCAGACAUCGUUCAGGUGUUAAUUCAUUGCAAUACUCACCUACAUUGCAAAGACUUUACUCGGCAGGCCGCGAUGGUAUCAUACGGGUUUGGACACCAAGCAAUACCAAAGAGCCCCUUGUUCUAACUAUGGAGCAUCAUACAGACUGGGUCAAUGACAUAGUUUUGUGCUGUUCUGGGAGAAAUUUGAUAUCUGCUAGCUCAGACACUACAGUGAAGGUCUGGAAUGCCCAUAAAGGAUUUUGCAUGUCAACUCUUCGAACACACAAAGAUUAUGUCAAAGCUCUGGCUUAUGCCAAAGACAGAGAACAAGUCGCGUCUGCAGGCUUGGACCGUGCAAUUUUCUUGUGGGAUAUAAAUACACUUACAGCUUUGACUGCCAGUAACAAUGUUGUAACAACGUCUUCGGUAAGUGGAAACAAGGACUCCAUUUACAGCUUAGCAAUGAACCCUUCUGGUACUGUUAUUGUCAGUGGCUCGACUGAAAAAGUUCUGAGAGUAUGGGAUCCACGCACCUGUAGUAAAUUGAUGAAACUCAAAGGUCACAAGGACAAUGUCAAAGCACUUGCUGUGAAUAGAGAUGGUACCCAAUGCCUUUCUGGAAGUUCAGAUGGCACAAUGAAACUUUGGUCUCUUGGUCAACAACGAUGCAUGCAGACGUUCCAUAUCCAUGAUGAGGGAGUGUGGGCUCUUUUGGUCAAUGAUGCCUUUACCCAUGUUUUGUCUGGUGGAAGAGACCGCAAGAUUUUUAUGACUGACUUGCGCAACCCAGAUAGAAGAGUAUUAGUAUGUGAAGAAACAGAGCCUAUACUUAAAAUGAUAUCAACUCCUGACCAAACUGGAAUUUGGGUUGCAACAUCUGCCUCAUCUAUUAAACAAUGGAGCCUACCUAAAUUGCCCACCUUGUCAGAGAACAGCCAUCCUGCUGAUUAUGACGAAGCCCCAAAGCCAUUUAAUUCCAAACCAGAUGUGACUAUCAAAGGUGGCGCUGCAAUCCGUCAAUUUAAUAUUCUGAAUGACAAGAGACAUAUUGUGACCAAGGACACUGAGAAUAAUGUGGCUGUUUAUGAUGUUCUCAAGGCCACAAAAGUAGAAGAUUUAGGCCCGGUGGAUUACGAGGAAGAAAUUAAGAAGAGGCACAAAAUGACUUAUGUUCCAAAUUGGUUCAACAUAGACUUGAAAACAGGGAUGCUAACCAUUCAUUUGGGUCAAGAUGAGAAUGACUGCUUCUCUGCUUGGGUUUCAACCAAAGAAGCUGGUCUUUCACCCAGUGAAGCUGCCGAUCAAAAAGUAAAUUAUGGCAAUUUAGUCCUCCAAGCUUUAUUGGAGCAUUGGUGGCGACCGUUAGCAAAUGAUGAGGAAGGUGAUGGACAAGGGGAUCCACCAAACUCCGUCAGUAACACUCACACCAGGGGAGGCAAUGAGUACUUCUCUGUUUCUGGACACACCCCAGUUAUUUUAAGCGAGGUUGGUGGCAGAACUUUGUAUCGACUUCUUGCCAGAGAUGCAGGAGGAGAAACUGAGGGAGUUCUUUUAAAUGAAACUGUCCCAUCUUGGGUUGUGGAUAUUGUUAUGGAGAAAACUCUACCAGUUUUCAUUAAAAUACCAUUCUAUCUUUUACCUCACGGCUCAUCGGGUAUGCGGACAAAAAAAGAUAGGCUGAUUGCCAAUGAUUUCAUCCAGGUCCGCAAAGUUGCUGAACAUGUACUUGAGAAGGUUUUAGGUGCAGGAUCAGAAAGUGGCUCUGUGGCAGCAGGCCCUGCCAAUGCAGACAAGGAGGCAGACGAUGCUCAAGACUCAAACUCGCUACCAGAAGAAAAGGUUGAACUUCUUUGCAAUGAUGUGAUGCUAGAACCAAAUAUGGAUUUAAGGACAGUCCGUCAUUUUAUCUGGAAGUCAUCCUCUGAUCUAGUGCUUCACUAUCGGCCCGUUAAAUGAUCAGGGCUUGCCUCGGACCCAGUCCCUGCCAGCAACCCCUCCUCUCUCACCCCCGCCACCCCUAAGGCAGUGCUGCGAGUCGCGAGGAGCUCACCUUACAAGUGUUCGUCUGUGUGAAGUGAAAGCCUUCAGUGUACCUGAUAGUUAUAGUUAAAUGUAUUUUUAAGAUAGGUCUCAGCAAUACCAUGUAAGUGUAAUUUUAAUCUGAUUGUUUUCGCCCCCACUUAAGCAUGAUUUGAUGAACAGUUACAUUAGAUAAUUGUCUAAGGUGAUCAUGUGUAUUCCAGACUUCAUCCCUUGCAAGUGUUUUAGUUGCUGCAUUUUUAUUUUUAUUUUGUAGUGUAGAGCUAAAAGUUGCUCUGUUACACAAAUAAUUUUCUGACCAAAAGUUGAAGUAAAUUAGGUAGUACUAAUCUACUGUUCUAUUUUGAUCAAAAGAGUUCCAUGGUACUGUUUUUAAAAAUCAAUUUAGAUGCAUAUGUUGUUGUAGCUUCUGUUAAAUUUAGUUCUAGAAAUCACUGUAAGAGAUGAACCUGUUUUUUUUUUUCAAAGGAAGUCUCCUUUUAAAGUACUGUGAAUCAUUUUUGUUUUGAGCUGACUUAAUACAUGUUUUCAUCUAUUGUAUGAACCAUUGUGCAGAGAUGUCACAGUGCCAAUGGUGGGGUGGUUGAGCAUUAGUCUUAAGUAAGCAUAUCACGUCAUUAAUCCAUUUGCUGUUAUUUGUUCCAAACAAAAUCCAUUUUUCACGUUUUAGGGGUAUUCAAUGCUAUAAUCAUGAAGGGGAUUGAUGAGAUGAAGCCAUGUCACAAUUGUGCCUAAACAGAGACCGUUUUCCUUAUCAAAAUAUGUUAUGUGAUAUUUCAAUUUGUGAUUAUGACAUGAUGUUUGUCAAAUUAAUGUUAGUGGUCAAAUUUGAUUUACCUGUGUUGACUUAUUUCUUUCAGUUGGAAUUGAGAGCUGUACUUACCAGAUUGUGUCACUAGAACAACCACUCAUUUCAUGAUUAUCAAAUAAUGAUUUCUUGCUUAUGAGUGGGUCACUGAAUGAAAUUUUGAAGAGGCUUAUAUUGUGCUGCAAUUGGGAUCAAAUUCUGUUUUAAUCCAUGUUAUACUGAUAUCUUUAUGACGCCAACACAAGCAAUUAAAAAGUCUCGAUUGCCUACUGUA